UCAAAAUCACAAUGAACAAAGUAUCUCUGUCUUUUAAUUUAGUUAUCAUAUUUUCCCUUCUAGCUAUCUCCAUGGUGAAAAGCAGUCCAACACUAGGCGAUCUUCCGGAAAUUACUGGAGCAGACACGACUGAAGCAAGCUCAAGCGCGGAUGCUGAAUUUAUCCUGAUAAACGAUGAGAAUGUGAUCAGAGACACCGUGGACAGUGAGCCGCAAGAAGCUAAAGCAUCAGUGACCGAUCAGGAGACUAAGCCCGUAACAUUCAUUGAUACUAUACCAAUCAUCAUGAAUGUUGAUGACACUAAUACACCCUGCAUGAUUGAAAACAAAAACCUGUUGAUUAACGAUGCCAACCAAAUUAUAUUAGGCAGCGUGAAAAUAACAAUUACCACCAACGGCGGUCAAGUAACCAAAGUGAGUGAGAGUUCAGAGGAUGGUGCUGAACGAUCAGUACCUGGUGGGAUCGGUGGAAAUGUUUUUUUCGGCAAAGCCGUUUCGGGUUCGUCAGAAAUGUACAAUGUGGGGGAGAAUGACUUCUAUAAUCAAAUUUUCCAGACCAUGAACAACGACGUAUUUGUUGUUGGUAGAUUUGCCAAAGUUGCUGAUACAGCACAUAACCGUAUGGUCUUGGCCAAAUUUGACAAGGAAGAAACAAAUAGUGGUGAUGCUACUACAGGAAAGUACUAUAAGUACUGAAUAAGAAGCAUGAGAAGGUAGACUCAUGUCUUGAGCGUAAGAAUAAUGGAACGCUGCUACUGUAAGAGCGAUCUUCAUUUGUUUUAAUUUAUAAUAAAUGAUGUGGAAUGUGUGUAGAAGUUGAUCGAAUAUUAAUUGGCCAUUUUCUUUACAGGAAUGGUGCCUUUUUCUUUUAUGUAUUAUAUAUUUUCUGAUUCAUACAAGCAAGACUUUGCAACAGGAGUCUUACGUUCUCCGUUUAUUCCCGUACACAAAUCGAAUAAAACAUUAGUAGAUAUGUUUGGAUUGC